AUGAUCAGUAUAUUUAGCUGGAACAAUGGAGAUCUACAUUUCCUCUGGCAGAUAUUGUGGCCGAAAAAUUCUGAUCUACAGUACUCAAAAUGCCCGGAGCUGAAGUCAACUAAUGCAGUUUGGUGCAACCUUCUCUUCCUUCGUGGUAUCUGUCCUACUAUUUGUAAUGGUUCCUAUGUAUCAACGCCAGAAUCUUCAGGUCGCGAUUCAAAGACCCUUAAAACAGUUGCCAAACAUUUGAUUGCUCUAACUAGUCAAAAACGCAGUGACAAUGCCCUGCCCCCUGAAGUUGUGGAAUCUUGUUGCUCCAAGCUCAUCAAGUUCGCGCCACACGUCCUGUCACCACUUUCGAGUGAGGAGUUAAACCGUUUGGAGGGACUUUACAUCGAGGAAGCGAUGCGAGCGAGUGCAAAUUCAAUGAGUCGUGAGUUGGCCCAAUUGGCAAGCUACUUCCAACUGGUCUUUCUGCCAGACAACACUAACCCCAGUCUUAGUUGUGACUCCAUUGGAAUGGGCAAUGCUCGCACACUUAUCAACAAGGCUCAACUGGAAGAGUACCCGCGACCGAAUGUUCCGAACUUGCGGGAGAGCUUGUUGGAAUUAAGUCACUUUGCUCCGUCCACCUUCCAUCAUCACCAUCCACUCAUUCAUGAAGAAAGCAGCAGCAGUACCCCAACUUCUACGUCAAAGCCUUCGGGAGUAGGUAGUGGCGUGGGUUUGAUGCGUGGUCUUGGGGGCAUUUUCUCAUCAUCCUCCUCGUCAAACCCGCCCUCAUUUUCAUGA